CCUACCACCCGCGAUGGACUUCUUCCACCGCCUCGUCAAAGGGCCGUCCGACAGCAAGCGCGGCAGCAUGGACCCGCAUCGUCGCUGGCGCCUCGUCGCCUCUUAUGCCCCAGACUGGGUGCUCACGAUCGUCCUCGUCGCCCUCAUCGGCUACUUCACCGACUACGCCGGCUACAAGCGCGAGUUCUCGCUCACCGACACGUCGAUCCAGCACACGUACGCGACCAAGCAGCGCAUCUCGUUUGGCGAAUGCAUCGUGUACGCCGGCGUCAUCCCGGCCGUCCUCAUCCUCCUCGUCGCCCUCAUCUGGCGCCGCUCCUUCUGGGACUGGCACAACGGGUGGCUCGGCCUCCUCCUGUCGGUCAGCCUCACGACCGUCUUCACCCAGGCGGUCAAGGUCACGGUCGGCCGCCCUCGUCCCGACCUCAUCGACCGCUGCCAGCCAGUCGCAGACGCCGCAAACAGGGCCGUGUACGGCCUCGCGACCGUCGCCGUCUGCACCGUCCAGUCCGGGCACACCAUAGAUGACGGAUUUAAAAGUUUCCCGAGUGGCCAUUCCUCAUUCGCCUUCGCCGGCCUCGUCUACUUCUCGCUGUACCUGUCGGGCAAGAUGCACAUCUACGACCGUCGUGGCCACGCGUUCAAGUCGUGGUUGGCCAUCGCGCCGCUCAUUGGCGCGACCCUCAUCGCCGUCUCGCGCACGAUGGACUACCGCCACCACGCAACGGACGUCAUUGCCGGCGGCCUGCUCGGUACGGUCAUCGCCGUGUUCACCUAUCACCUCUACUACCCUUCGCUCUACUCGCCUCAGUGCCACCUCCCCUUCUCGCCCCGCAUCCCCGCAACGCCCUCUGCCGACCGCCUCGACUCGGACGCCGAGGACGACCACGAGACGGCGCCUCGUCCUGGUGCGGCCGGCGCGUCCCGCAGCGGCAACGGCAACGGCGCCGGCGGCAUCCUCCCGACGCACCGGUACUUGGCGAGCCUCGACUCGGACCAAGGCACGUCGCCGCUGAGCCAGGGCAGCGCGAUCCCGCUGCAGGCGGGCGGCGCGCGAGGGGACGAGGCGAUGCGGCCUGGCUACACCUCGGGCCCAUCGGCCAAGUCGGCGUACCACGACGUCGGGCAGCAGCAGCGAUACUGAGCGGGCGAGUGCUGGAUGGUCAGGGGGCGAGGCCCGGCCGAGGAGAAGGACGAGGACGAGAGCGAGGAGACGGACGAUUCUCGCACACCGCGCACAUGACUAUCUCACACGCUCCCCUUCUUUGCGAGCGCAUCUAUGUAAUACUGCAAUGAAUCGUGGCUCCUCACAGUU